AUGAAAUUAUUUUGUGAUUUACUCACACGUCGUCGAUCAAAUAAGAAAAAGCAAAUAAUAAACUCAAAAUCGUCUGCUAAUAACAUGUCACCAAGUCAUGGUAAUACUUCAAAUUGUGUUCAAACAUUGAAUUUAUAUGAUAAACAAAGCAAAUGUACAUGCCAUUACUUUAAUCUUAAUGGUAAUUACGUAUCAAAAAGCAUGCAUACUAAACUAAUUGCAAGUCAUCCAAUACGCUUUUCUUCUUUGUCUUCUCAAGCAUCAAUAAUAAUGUCUUCUCUCGAAUAUACUUCUCAUGUCAAAUAUAUUUUAACUACAGCUGACUUUUAUUUUUGCUACGAUGUUCGAUCUGCAUUAUUAGAUAUCAUAGAUCGUGUUGUGGCAAUGGAUGAUGUUAAUCAUCUUAUUCCUGAAAAAAAGGCUGCAACUAUGGUAAAAAACUGUCUACCUAACUCGAGUACAAACAAUGUAAAAGAUCGGCGAUCCCAGACUUCAAUUGCUAUUCAAACAUCAUUUGAUUAUGGACAACGACGAAAUGCUAAAGUUCAAACAAAUACAGUGACAUUUUCUCCAGUACAAAGUCAGAAUCUAUCUUCUUCAAGAUUGUUUUUAAAUUAG